AUGAUGAGAUCGUACGUGGCCCGUUCGCUGAGGGACAUGGAGCUCGAGUACAAUAGGACGGAUCCUAUACGCCAGAACUCACACCACACCCCGGCUUAUGAAAUUGGUUACCUCUUCAGGACUAUGGAGGAGUGCUUCAGACGGAUGGUGGACAUCUACAAUUCGACCUUAACCACGGACUUGUACAAUUUAGACGCAUACACGACGGACAACAUUAUGUUCCUCAAGCAUGUGGAAAACUUCUACUGGAUACUCUAUCAUCUCGAACACAUGCUGCAUGAGACCGAGAAGAAAUAUCAGCUUCAAAGUAAGUACCAUUCUGGCGCGGCGGCGGACACUCGGGAGCGUCUAAAGGUAUUAUCGCGGACGCACUACGCGACUCCGACUUGCACUUGCGCCGGAAUAUUUGAACACUAUCCCGACAUCGACUCGAUAAGCCCGCAGCCGACCACCAAGCGACACCGCUUCCGGUCACAGGUUGUGGUGUCAAUGACCACCCCCACCAAGAGACCCACGAAGACCUGGUGGCCAAUGGACUACGGCUGGGACCAUACGGACGAGUGGCGAUAA